CACAAUGGCCUCAUGUGGAUUUUGUUACAAGCAACAUAAAAAAUUAGCCCUGCCCUAGAUGACUAAGGGAUUCAUAGAAAAAAUAAAAAUGCUUUAUUGUUUUGAAGUGUCUAAUGAGUUUACAAAACAAGCUGGUCUGGGGUAACAGGGAGGCAGCAAAUAGAAACCUGGUGUAGCAGUGUAGACAGGCAAACAAUUUGUCACUGUUGGGACUUUGUUACGAGGCAUUUCGUUGGGGACUGGUUGAGCCUGUCUGCAAAAGGGGUUUCUAGCUUUCUGCUCAAGCUGUGGCCUGGAUAGGUAUGGAGAUGCAAGGCAGCCCUUCUCUGAAAAUGGCCUCAAAUCAGAAGAUGGUCAGUUGUGGAGACAAGAGGACUGAUAACUUCCGUGACUCAUCUACUCCACCUGAAAGGGUCAAUAAAGAUGACAACAGAGGGCUGUCUGUCUCUUGCGUCUUCUUCCAGUGUCCUUUUGGAUGCAGUGCCAUCUAUUCAAAGGCAACCAUAGACCACCAUUUGCUCAUUCAUUUGAAGAGGAUGCUGCAGUGCAGACCAUUGGAAGCCUCUGUACUGAUGAUCCACUCACUGAGCAGGAACAAGGAAAGAUUGCAGGCCGGAUUACAGAUCUUGUGCAAGUAUCUUGACAAUGUGUGCAAUAACCCUACUGAGGAGAAAUACAGGAAGAUCUCGGAACACAACAAAAUCUUCCAAGAGAGAGUGGUUCCUGUUGUUGGUGCCAGGGACUUCCUGGAGGCAGUGGGCUUCAAACCCAAGAAACUUCUGUGCCAAGAUACUGAAAUGCCUUUUCUUGUCAUGAGUAAAAAGUGCGCCUCUGAUGUUGACCAGAUCAAAUCUGCCCGAGAUGUGCUCUUAAACACCCAGCCCUCUGAGGCGACACUUCAUCGGGACGUCCGCAUCUACUACCCUUCCCACAAGGCCGAGGAGUUUCACCUUCCUAGAGACUUUUAUGAUAUCAUACCAGGUUCACAGGCUAAUGACCCAAGGGAGUCUAGACGUUAUCAAUAUACAAUCAUUAGGAUCCGUUUUCCAGAUGGGGUGCUCCUACAAGGAACAUUUCAUGUGGAAGAGAAACUGUCUGCAGUGAAGGCGUUUAUUUCCCUCAUGCUGGAGAAAGAAUGGCAGCCUUUUGUGCUGCGAGACACAACCGACAGGGUGAUGUCAGCAAUGAACAGCACACUGCGGCAACUGAAGCUUGUUCCAGGUGCUGUCAUGAAUUUUGGAUUUAAUGCCACUAUCGAAGCCGAGAUGGCCACUGGGCUCUAUUUCUGCUUACACGGUCCAGUCAAGGGGAAGCAUCACCUAAAGGCAAACCUCAUGAGAACAAUAAAGGUUCUUUAAACAGAGACCAGGGACAAGACAUUAGGGUUUGCGUCCAAUGCUUCCACCCUCUUCACCCUUGGAGGACUUUAAAUGCUAACCUCUAACAAUUCAGACCUCAUUGGUUUACGAUCCUGUUGUCACCACCAUCUGUUUUUUGUUUUUUUUCCAUAAGUUGAGACUACAACUUAAAGGGAAGUCAUGUAUGGAAAUUUCAUGCCGCUGACAACUGACAAAACUUUCUUAAAGGUGUUAUGACACCCUGUUCAGUGUUGUAGACACUGACCAUCAGCCGAGCAAAUACUUUGGUGGCAUGUGCAAGCAUAAUUCUUUGCAUACGACUAAGCAUAAGUAAUAGAGAAUGAACAAUAGUAACCAGAUGCAGUUGUUACAGUUCUAAUUUGCAUAGGAUAGCUGGUGACUUGCAUUGCAACUGACAAAGAGGUAAUAAAUUCUUUCCUGCAAGUCCUUGCAAGUUCAUCACAAGUCAUUCAGUCUAACGCCAUGUCAGAAGAUAUUUCAAAAGAACUGUGACUAAAGCAUUCCUUUGCCGUUCACCCUUUUACUUAUGACUGCUCUCGUGGCUGGGCUUGUGAUUGACUUGACUUGUGAUGGUCUUAUGAUGACCUUGUGAUGGUCUUUUGAUAGUCCCCUUUGGUCUUGUGAUGGUCUUACGAUCUUGUGUUGUUCUUGUGAUUGUUUUACAAUGAUCUUGUGUUGUUCUUGUGAUGGUCUUUUGAUGAUCUUGUGAUGGUCUUUUGACAGUCCUCUUUGGUCUUGCGAUGGUCUUAUGAUGAUCUCGUGUUGCUCUUGUGAUGAUCUUGUGUUGUUCUUGUGAUGGUCUUUUGACGGUCUUCUUUGGUCUUGUGAUGGUCUUUUGAUGAUCUUGUGAUGGUCUUUUGACGGUCUUCUUUGAUCUUGUGAUGGUCUUUUGACGGUCUUCUUUGGUCUUGUGAUGGUCUUUUGAUACACCAGUAUUAUCACAGCAAAAGAUUCCACACAACCCACAAACCUCGAGAAUGGCCAAUUCACUGCAGAGGUUAGUACUUGGUGUCCUUCUCUCUCAUCGUUUUCAAACCCAGCAACCUAUCUGUCGC